AAGCCCUCUCAGAUUUGAGGGGAGCCAUGAGCCGGUUCCUGAAUGUGUUACGAAGCUGGCUGGUUAUGGUGUCCAUCAUUGCCAUGGGGAACACGCUACAGAGCUUCCGCGACCACACCUUUCUCUAUGAAAAGCUCUACACUGGCAAGCCGGACCUGGUGAAUGGCCUCCAAGCUCGGACCUUUGGAAUCUGGACGCUACUCUCAUCAGUGAUUCGCUGCCUCUGCGCCAUCGACAUUCACAACAAGAUGCUCUACCACAUCACGCUCUGGACCUUCCUCCUCGCCCUGGGGCACUUCCUCUCCGAGUUGUUUGUAUAUGGGACCGCAGCUCCCACCAUUGGCGUCCUGGCACCCCUCAUGGUGGCAAGUUUCUCAAUCCUGGGAAUGCUAGUGGGGCUCCGGUACCUAGAAGCAGAACCAGGAUCCAGACAGAAGAAGAGAAACUGAGGCCAAUAUCACCACGUCCGAGACUUCAUCUUCCACCUUUGCUAGCCUCUUCCUUCACCCUCUUUGCUCUUAAAUUUCUUUUCUGCUCCAUCAUCCACUUCUAGCCCUUUACUUUUUUUUUCUUUAAUUUAAAAUUUUUUAAGAUAUUUAAAUAUGCAUAAGGCAAGUCGGUGCCAUUUAAAUAUAUGUACCAUUUAAAGAUCAUUUUAAAAUGAAUACUCUGUACCUCCAUCCAAAUCAAGAAAUCGCCAGCACAUCCGAAGCCCACUGUGUGCCCUUCCCCGACCCGCAGCCUCUUCCAGGACCCCUUUUCCAGCCUUCUGCUUUUUUCCUUUUAUUUUCACCCGACGAUUUGACUUGUAUGGUGGGAACACGUGAACUGUGAAACUUAAAGCUGCUGCCUCACCCACAGCAGCUGCCACCAAGGGCUGCUUCAAGGGGGUGUCAACCCAAGCUGGGCUCCUCUCUGCUACUGGACCCAAGACUCUGAACCAUCCAAGGGACAGACAGUUCUUCUAAGAAGAAGGGCUCCCCUGCAAGUGAGCAUGGCUCCUUAUCCUUGUGCCUACAGGUGGAUCAGGGUUGGAAGAGUCUGGGCUGUUUUUAGACCUUCCGGUCAGCUGUAUUUGUGUAAUGAGAUUUGUAAUAAAUAGAAAAACCUCCUGCUCU